AGACGCCCUACAAUUUCCUUCCCGCAAAAGUCCCUCUCCUGGCAAAAUCCGUCAUUGCAAAAUUUCCCAGAACCGUAGUGCAUAGAACGGUUGGGUGGCAGAGAGGUGGAGAGUGACCAGGGUUCACAAAGGAAGUAACAGAGUGACACCCCAGGGUUACAUAAACUCUCAGAGGCCGCCAAAGAGGACAGAUUAACGUGUGGGGAGCCUAGAAACCAGGGAGUGCCGCUACACAGGGAAAGAAGCCAGAGCCCUUCCCUGAGCUUGCCAGGACAGAGUCUCCGAGCACCAGUCGACCAUGGUGCGCGCGCCCUGCUUGCUGCUGCUGCUGCUGCCAAUGCUGUGCGUCUCUGAGACCACACCAGAACCCUGCGAAGUGGACGACGACGAUGUCCGCUGCUUCUGCAACUUCACGGAUCCUCAGCCCGACUGGUCCAGCGCCUUCCAGUGUAUGGCUGCCGUCGAGGUGGAGAUCCACGGCGGCGGCCGCAGCCUGGAACAAUUUCUAAAGGGCGCAGACGCCGACCCGAAGCAGUAUGCUGACAUGGUCAAGGCUCUGCGGUUGCGGCGGCUCACAGUGGGCUCUGCACAGGUUCCUGCUGUGCUGCUGGUCGCCUUCCUGCGUGCGCUCUCAUAUUCCCGCCUCAAGGAACUGACGCUCCAGAACCUGGAGGUAACCGGCGCGAUGCCGCCGCUUCUUCUGGAAGCCACUGGGCCUGCGCUCUCCACCCUCAGUCUCCGGAACGUGUCGUGGGCAACCGGAGGUGCCUGGCUCGCGGAACUACAGCAGUGGCUCAAGCCGGGCCUCAAAGUACUGAAUAUUGCGCAAGCACACUCGCUUGCUUUUCCCUGCUCCCAACUCCGCACCUUUCCGGCCCUCACCACCUUAGACUUAUCCGACAAUCCCGGACUGGGCGAGGACGGACUGACUGCAGCUCUUUGUCCGCACAAAUUCCCGGCCCUUCGGGCUCUGGCUUUACGCAACGCGGGGAUGGAGACGCCCAACGGCGUGUGCGUGGCCAUGGCGGCGGCGGGUGUGCAACCCCACAGCCUAGACCUCAGCCACAACUCGCUGCGCGCCACCGCCCCAGGCGCUCCUGGAUGUGUCUGGCCCAGCACACUGAACUCUCUCAACUUGUCGUUCGCUGGGCUGGAGCAGGUGCCUAAGGGACUGCCGGCCAAGCUCAGCGUGCUAGAUCUUAGGUGCAACAGGCUGAACAGAGUGCCGGGGCUAGAAGAGCUGCCCAAGGUGAGUAACCUGACACUGGACGGGAAUCCCUUUAUGGACCCUGAAGCCCCCAAAUACCAAGAAGACCCGAUGAACUCUGGCGUGGUCCAAGCCUGUGCGCGUUCGGCCUUGGCUGUGGGGAUGUCCGGAACCCUCGCGGUGCUUCAAAGGGCGGGGGGCUUCGCCUAAAGCCCAGGAGAGACUAAUGAAUUGGCUCAGAUUGCCCUGGCUGCUGGGAAGCCUCGUCAGAACGUCUUAAUCAACCAACCCUCUGCCCCAUGUUCAUUAAAACCUGAAACAACGAUUCAUGUCAUUUACUCAACAGAUGUGUGUACUGGGUGUUGUGAUGUGCUAGGCACAGAGCUGAAUGUGGAAUCCAUUAUAUUUAGACUUUCUUCAUCCUAAGAAUAGAACUUCAAGGGUGCAAGGGGCAGGGAAUAUUGCCUGUCUAGGCUGUGUGUGAGAAACAGAGGUUUCUGUGCAAUCCAGCUUUCUGAGGAGAUUACUGUACCUGAGUUAAAGGAUAUCUGAGUGAUAAACGUGCCUAGCAAGUUACAGCAUGUUUCCUCUGUGGUGCACUUUCCAAGAGCCAGCUUCUCCCCCUGUCAAUGGCAAUAAAACCUGGAGCCACUUACUUAUUCUCUCUCUCUUUAUCUCUCCCACCCUCCCGGGAGAAGGGACAGCUAUGCCACCUGUCCUACAUAAGCUCUGGGUUUCAUAAUUCCAGGGUUUCUCUUCUGCUGUGUAAAGCCCCUUGGCACACACAGGUAUUUUGGCUUUCACUGUGUCAUCGGGGAAUUUGGGCACAGAGGACUGUUGCAAGAUGCUGUCAUUAAACAUUCUGUGUCUGAACCAGAGAUCUGAUCAUUAUGUUAGUAAAUGUGUGUAUAAUUGUU